CGUUGCGUGACACUAUUAUUCUCCUCCCUCCCUUUUUGUCUCUUCAAUUAUUCUUCUCUGAGCUGUAAAAAAAAAAGAAGAUUCUCUCCAACUCUCUCGCCGGCUCUUCCAUGGAAGAUUACAACCGUCAAAGAGCCUACGGAGACACAGGGAUGCAGAUCCAGCCUUACCACGGUGGCGGUGGUCUAGGAACCGGCGACUUCAGAAGCUACAGCACCUCAUACGCGACGGAGAACAACAUAUACGAUAUCAAGAAGGAGAAAUCGAUAUCGAGGUCGAAGUCUUGGGGGAUAACGGACCCGGAGCUCCAGAGGAAGAAACGGGUCGCGAGUUAUAAGAUGUAUAGUGUUGAAGGUAAAGUCAAAGGCUCUUUUAGAAAAAGUUUCAGAUGGCUUAAGCAGAGGUAUACACAGGUUGUCUAUGGCUGGUGGUGAUCAAAGAGUUUUCAACUUUUUUUUUUUUUUUAUCUUAUUUGAGCUUUGAGUAUUCUUUUCUGUUUUUGAUAUUUUGGUUUUGAUUUCCUCAAGUAAUUAUGUUUCUUAUCUCUCUUUCUGUCUCUUAUGUAUCUUUGUGUGUUGUGUUAUUCAAUGUAAUGGCUGCAAUUAUAUAUGAUUAUAUUAGUUUACAUGUAUCCUUGAGUUUCACAAACCUUUUUUGGAUGGAGAAGCAGUCUCUUGCAUAAA